AUGGGAACGUUUCAUGAACUUGUGGCAGGAUAUCCCGAGUUAAUGUACACUGGAAUAGGAGUUACGGCGUUUGUGACCGGAGGAGCGCUGAUCUACAAAAUUGCCACCAGGUAACUUCAUGGUUCUGCACAGCGAAGCGCGUUUGUUUUGGCGACCUUUACGUUAAAACCAGUUCAAGUUUUGACUAUAUAGCAAUGGAUCAAUAUUGUGUCGUUCAGUGUUUCAUGUGGUCAACAAAAACACUCAAUAGUUUUCAUCUCUAAUCUAUCUAUACAGCGCGCGCUAGCACGAGCGGUAACGUUAACUAUGCUAGCAGUCAUGCUAACUAACUUCAACAAUACUUAGGUUUUUUUAGUAAUAUGCUAAUAUUGUUUCACAAUUUAAUAAGAUGAGACCACUUGGUUUCGUUGAAGCCAUAGCAUGCAGACAUUGACUUUUUUACUAUGUCGACUUCCCAAACGAAGACGAGGGGAGCGAAAUAUCAGGAACAGCUGUGUUGUAGUUCACCCCUGUGCACCACCAACACCGAUCACAAACUUCAACAAUUGAGUCAAUGAACAGCGAUCAGCUGUCUGACAAUAUCAUCAAAUAUCAAACAUGCACAGUUCUUGUAAACGUGGAAAUCAAGGUACUACUUGCUGUAUUCGGUUGCACUGGGUUGCUCAUAUGUUCAUAUGCUAGUUAAUGUAUAUUUUUAAUGCAACGGUGAACGUAGGAUUUGCUGCAUUUUAAAGUCACCGUCAUAACUUUAAUACUUGAAAGACCUCACAUGUCAGAAACUCGAGAAGAUAUUCUAGAGUUAAAUUAAAUCUCACUGUGAUAAACACCCACGAAGUUGCAACAAAGAUGCGUUUUCAAGUUUCAUAAACAAUGUCAAGUUAUAUUUUGUAAAUAUUCGACCUCUGAUUUUCAGAAAGAAGCCGGUCCAUGCAAAUGUGAACUGUUGGUUCUGUAAUGAGAACACAGUGGUGCCCUAUGGGAACAGAAACUGCUGGGACUGCCCCAACUGUGACCAGUACAAUGGCUUUCAGACUGUAAGUAAGCUUCAUCUGAAAGUUAUUGAAUAAGCAUGUUCAAAAACUUUUUCAACUAUUUCCUUUUGUCUCAGCUGUAAGAUGUGUGUAUUGAACUUCUCAUGUAACUUUUUUUUUUAGAAUGGAGAUUACAACAAACCCAUCCCUGCGCAACACAGUGAGCAUCUGAACCAUGGAGUAUGUGGCAGUAUUCCUGCAUCUGUGACACCAAACACACAGCAGUGGGUCAACUGUGAGAUGCUGCUGUGCAAGAAGUGCAAUAACAACCAGUCGGCGAAGGUCAAACUACUGGCCUCAUUUAUCCCAAGAGACGAGGUAUGCACAGUUUUCUUUUCUGUUCAUCAAGACACUGGCUUGAUUGCAAAAUGUCUGACAUCUCUAAAUACCUGGUGCACUAUCUUUGUUCUUUUGUAGGAGAAUUAUGAUGAGGAAAUUGAUGCCUACAAGCACCAUCUGGAGCAGACUUAUAAGUUAUGUAGGCCUUGUCAGACAGCAGUGGAAUAUUACAUAAAAUAUCAGAACCGACAGCUUCGAACUGUGCUCCUAAGCCAUCAGCUUAGACGCACCCGAGAUUCAGCCAACAGCUUCAUCGAGGUACAGUGCUUUCCCAAGUGCAAGUUUAAGGACGGUUAACAAAAGCUAUAAAUAAAUAAUAAUUCAUAGAAGAAUAUAUGACUCAGGCAUUAUGUCCCAUUAAGGAGCAACAUAUGCAGCCUGUCCAGCCAGCUGCCACUUUGCUUAGGUUUGUGCGAUGCAUUAAGGUGGCAUCAUACAGGCACUCUUAUCUGAACUUCAUUGUUAAAGCAAUUUUAAAGCUUUCCCACCUUUAUCAUCAUAGGGUAGAAGUCAAAUCUGCAAUUGCUGUUUAAAGAGUUUAGCCUCUGGGCUUCAGAGCAUGCACAGACUUCCAAGCCACAUAACCACAUGAAUCACAACAAGAUGUGGUUUGUAACUAUAUGCUGUGGCUUGUUAUUUAUGUAGUUCAGUCAGACUAAAUCAUCACACAUUAAAUUGAAGUUCUUUAAAAACCCACUUAAACUAUAAUAAAUUUAAGGUGCAAAAGAUGCAUACCUCCUAUAUGACUGAUGAGACUUGGAUUAACAUAACCGUAACAGAGCCGCCGUUUUCAGGCUUAAUCUUUGAUUUUUAGAACGGCUAAAAAAUAAUGAAAGGCAUUCAGAAAGGUUUGGCUUUCAUAGAUGAGGUUUGGUUAUGAUUUUAAAUACUACUUGGCAUUAAUAAAGUUCAGAAUAGAUUUAGCAAAAGGAAUGAGUCCAGAAGGGGAGCAGGUGGGUUGCAACUCUGUUUCGCCAUGUAAGUUUAUUUCAGUCUUAAUAAAGACACACCAGUUGAUUUAGUGUAAAGAGGUAUUUUCUUGGUUUUGUUCAACUGACUUACACAACCCCUGUGUAGACUUAGGUCAAGAUACAAAGUUGUAUCCUCAAGUUUAAAAACUAAAAAUGACUGAAAACAAAAUAUGUUGUUGUUCCUACAGAGCUCCCAUCAUGUGUCUCCUCCCCUCGGGGUGAUACUUCUAAGGGUCCUCACCUUCCUUAUAUGUGCAUUCCUCCUGGUUACUUCUAUAUACCCGUCCCCAGACCAGUCUACUCUGCCAGUGGACCCACUGACAUUGAGUGGUGGGGUUAUUCCUCCGAAACCCUCCAACAUCUCCUCCUCCAGCAAUGAAAGGAGUGGAGAUGUGCCUGUAUGGCAGAGUCUAAAGGAGCUUUUGCCGAACGGGACCAUUGAAAGUGCCACACUAGUUUGGCAGCAGGGAAGGGACAGUCAGCUGGCUGUUGUCUCUGUCGGCCUUUUGACUUGUCUCACUGCUAUCUUCUUAGCUGGACCUGGGAGGUAAGCAGCCACCACCCUGUUUGUAGGGUAGUCAUUGUCCAACAUCAGUUUUAAUUUCUCCAAAGACCAGCUCUACAAAGUCAUGUGUCUCUUGUUUUUUCCAGGCUGAGGAGAAUUGAUGCUGUGGGGUCCGUCCUGUGGUUCUCGAAGCUGCUCCUCUGCAUGACUGAGAGCUACAUGCCUGGUACCUUGGACUGGAUGGACACAGCAAAGCUCAGUAUCAUAUCCCUCUGUUGCCUCGUCAGCUUUGCUGCAGCUGUGGUAUCUCGCAAACCGCUGGGUUCAAGAAAAGCCAGAAAUGGAAGGUCAGAGUCUGAGCAUUAAUGUUCAAACUGUGUUUUAAUUGUGGGAUUUUGUGGAGGGUUCACUUAACUUGAGAUGCUUUUCUUCAUUAGAACCAGAUCAAAUCACAUAAUUUUACAUGUUUAUGACCCUUUUUCAUAAUAGUCCUCCUUGUACUAUUGUGUAGUAAAGACUGAGGUGAUGACAGAUGAAUGGUGAACAAGAAGCACAUGAUUGUAUGUGUGAUCCAUGAUGGUUACAAACUUUUAAUGGUACUUACAUUAAAGCACAAAAGCACAAUGUAAGCAUUUUAAACUUUCAUGAAUCAUGUGGUAACAUACAAAUGCUUUCCAAUCCAUCUAUGCACUAUAUGCCUAUCCAUUACUAACCCUAACAGAUAUGUGAUUGACUGACUCUUGGUGGUGAUAGUAUUACUUAAACUAACCCAACUAGUACUAAACCCUUUGUUCACACUGUGUUACUCUUACAGCAUUUUGAAUGUAGUUAUUAAUACCUUCUAUGUGUUUUCCCUCAUUGCAUGAUUUAGUGCCAACUUUCAAAGAGCCUUAGCACCACUUGGAAGAUGUGGUUCUUUUACGUACAUCUCUCUCCGGUACUCUUAUAGGCGUAUAAAAAAAUGUUCAUUCAGAGUAUUCUCCAGCCAUUUUGAUUAUUAUUUUUUUUGUGGUGAUGGCUUUAAAGAAUUUUCCUUCAAUAACAUCAGCGCCAAAGCAGCCGACCAGUUCUCAAGGGCUGUCAUGAAAACCUGCCAGUGUGAAAUGCAUAAAAAUUCUUUGCGUGACACCUCUGUUAUUGUUUUAGGAACCAGGCAUCCUCUGCACACUAAUACUGUUCAUUCUGUUCGGUAGAAACAGUAGCUUUCUGUUGUAGUGACUUUUCUUUCCCUAUUUGAACCACAGUUCAUGCUGCCUGUAAGUGAAUGUGGGAUAACUUCAUCAGAACUUUGUUGCUGCCUGUACUUGUAUGUGUUGUUGCUGUCUGUUUGCCCUAAUGCUGGUAGUUUAAAUAGUGCCUCUAGAUGACUACCUGACAGAUGUUUGGCUUUUCCAAGCAUUUGCUGAUGGUAAGUGAACUUGCUGAUUUCUGUUGGCCUUGUAUCCAUGCAUGAACAGACAAGGAUUAUGAAGUGUUCAAGUACUCAACUGAAUACAGUUGCUGGAAAAUCUGUCAAGUGUAAUAGUUGUAGGAAAUGACUUUAUAAAGCUAAGUGUAGUUUAGUGAUCGUAGUAAGUUUUUACCUCAGAUGAGCCACUACCUGAUCAUCAGUAUUAGAAAUGUAAGAUGUAGCUGAAACCAUGAAAAUAUUUUUUACUGGAACUUUAAUGUAAACUGUAGAAAUUCAGUUUCAAGUGACACCUCAGAUCAAAAGUCUGCAUGGUAUUUAAAUAUGAAAUCACUACAUUAACAUGCGUCUCUCACUCACACAUUGUUCCCAGUAACACUGAACUUUCUUCUUCCAUCUAACUUAUUUAUUGAUUCAUCAAACACACUUAUAGAAGAAGAGAUUUGCAUGGAUUAACAUUGCAAACUUACUUAUUUGUUUCUGCUAAUCUGAUUUGUUUUAUUCAUUCAAAUGUCCUGAGGUCAAAGUAAAUUAUCAUGAUGGUAAUGUUGAAGUGUGUUAGAAACUAUGAACUGUAGACUUUUGUGGAUUGUAUUUGGUGGUAGAUUACUGUGACUGUGAUGUUGCAUGUUGUGAUGCCCGUGGCUGGAGUUGUUUUCUCAGACCAGCACCUUUGGUGCAGUAUUAUCAGAGCUUUGACUUUACUUUAUAUUUCCAAUAACAGCAUUUUAAAAUACAAGACAUCACAGAAGCAUUUUCAAGGUUAUGAGGAAAAUAUGCUUGUUGUGAUGUUGCUUUUCAAGAAUAAGUUUUUGCACAAUUAAGGGCUGUUCACCAUGAUGGCACCUAUCGUAAUUCCUGGGUGACCCAGUCACAAGUGGACUGGUCCAAGAAAGUCAGUCAGCUCUUAUGACUGGGCCAAUAGAGUGAGCACUUGUGUUAGGAAUUUCCUUCCCUGUUCAUGCUGCGGAGGGAGGGAGAGCUCUGCGGUCACUUUCUUUUCAAUUGAGCAGCAAAAUGUGACAAAAAACACCUCAAACAUUAGGUGAAGAUUUAAUGUAUCAGAUCAAACACAUCACACUACACUUUAAGGUUAAUUUUUUUUGCCAACCUUUUCUAAUGAGGGCAUUUAAGUUGAAUCUGGUUCAUGAAUAGUGUACAGGGAAAAAAAUGUGUGAUUUGUGUUUAGUUUUAAUGUCUACUUAAGCUCUUAGAUAAAAUCUCACUGUGUGUUGUGUAUUGUCAACCUUCAGAGUAGCCAGUGUUUUCAUUACUAUAUUUCAAACUCUUUUCACUGCAGGGUUUAUCUUCAAAUGCAUGUCUUUGCCAAAGUUUUAUAUGCUUUGCCAAAAGUUUGUUGUCUGUAUCUUCAGUUUGCAUGUUUAUGUGGAGGAUCCAGACUGUGUGGGUAUUUCUGUGUGGUUUUGAGAGAUUUACUGUAUGUCCUCAAUAAGUUGACAGUCAGCUGCUUGACACACUUAGGUCUCGAAGCGCUUCAUUUAAACAAGUAUGUUAAUCCUGAAUAUAAGCUGCUAUAUGGAGCUUCUCCGUAUGCAUUUUAAACAGUAAUUGCCAUGAAACUACCUAUUUGAUAAUGCAGCCAUGAAUGUUAACUUUUUUACUAAGCUGUUUUAUGAUGAAUUCCAAUAAGUUGCUAACAAAAUUGUUUGUGCCGUGUCUUUAUGUUAAUGCUGUGUGUGUGUGUUGCAGAAACACUAAAAGACUCAGACUUUGAGAUAGUAUAAACUAAGUGAAGCCAUUUUUACAGCUAGCCAAUGAUUUUCUACUCCAAGCUAUAAUAAUGAGCUAAUAGUAGUUGAAAAGGUUAUGUAGGAUUCCUUAAAAUAUUCAAAGAUGCUUAAUGCCAAUUAAGAAUACAGAUUGUAUGGUAUUUGAUAUAAGCUCGUUAAAUUGUAACAAUCUGACCUGUAACAGUGUCAGCGCAUUCAGCAUCAGCUGAAAACUCAGCUCCGUCCUUGGUGUCCUGCAACAUACCCUAUGACACAUCCUGUUUUUAAUAUCAAAAUUGGUGCCUUGCUCAUUUGUCAGGUGCCAAUUUUAGGAUUUUAUAGGAUCGUUUGCUGUACAUCAGAAUAAGUGUACCUCAAAUAAACAAUUUGUGAAAGGACAUGUCUUCUCUCUUUGUUCAAAAAAUUGCACUAACGUCCGCACUAAUUAGUUUCUCUCCUCAAUCUCUAUCUUGAACACACAAUUUUGAAGUUUGAGUAAAAUCUCAGCUGCUGAAGGAACUGAAUAGUGACCAAAUUGGCACAAAUCAUGUUUGGGUUUCUGUCUGUAUCCUGUGAGAAGUGAGUGAGUGGAGCUGCACUGCACAGUAGCAUUUCUGCUGUAGCUUUGGUUCUGCAGGAACUUUCAGCAGCUGCAAGCUGCACAGCAGCUGCAGGAGCAUCACAGUGGCAGUCUUGUCCUAACUACUGUCAUUACAUGCUCAAACAACAUGACAACCGUAUACUUGUUUAACUUCUAGUAAAAGAGGUUUUAUCCAUUGUUGAGAAUGUUCAUUUUAUUUUGAACCAUAUGGCAUGUCAAGGUGGUUUUUCUGUUUUAAAGAAAAAGUUGGAACCUGAAACCACAUCAAUUGUACUGUUUGUGGUGGCAAUUUUCUCCUGAGGCUGUACAGUUAAAUGCUUCUUCUUUGUAAAACUUUUUCAUAUUAAUGUUAGUUUAAAAAGUGUUAUCAUUUGGAUUUCAGGUAGCAGACGGUUCCAUUUCUCUUGUGUUACAGAUACCUCGCCGGCAGAUCUGCAGUCCCGCUUGCAGGCGGUCCUUCUUUGUUCACUAAUAGCCAGGCAGAUUCCUUCAUCCCCAGCCCACCCCCCAACAUCUCCCUGCUGAUCAACCGCAAGCAGACUCUCCGUGAGCGCAAGGCUUCCCCCUCCUCUCUGCCAGGACGCCUCAUGACAGCCCUUCGCCUGGGCACCGUCCGCUCACUCACCAGAACAGGUAACGUUUAAAAUACUUGUUCCAGGUCAGACAAUCUUACCUUGGCAUAUUUCUUUUGGCAUCAACGUAAAGAACAUCUUUGAUUAGAGAAAAGUCAAAACUAAAUAAAGCUUAAUGACAAAGACUCAAAAUAAUACCUCAAGUAGCUCACCACAGCAAAUUUCUGCCUCUACAUAGCUGUGCAGACAUGCUAUGUUUUGAUUUGCCAUGUUUGGCCUCACAAAGAGGCAUGAUUCAUAAUUGAUAAGAUUCAUCUAGUCCCUGUCGCUGAGAAUAGAACUGGGUCGGGACUGACUUUUUUUAAGGGGUAUUUCAGCAGGAGCAGAGUUUUGUCGUUACUGCCAUAUAUUGUACAUUACUGGUCACACUGAUGCCUUUUCCACACUUGUUGUCAUCACUAUGUUUCUAUAGUUUUCUUAAGAAUAUAAUAAAAUGAAGAGGCCAUUUCUGUUGGCUCCACAGAUGUCUGUCAAAUGAUUGUUUCUUUAUUUGCUUAUAGAAAGUUAGAGUUCAAAAGGAUUGUUAUUUUCCACAAACAGACACUAAAGAAAUUUAACUUCUCUGAUCAAGACCGUUUUCCAAACCCAAAUGACUCCCAGUGCAUUUGUGUUAGUCAUAGCUGGUCUCCUCUCUGUAGUGUGGUUUGCAGUUCAACCUCAACUCCUCCUGUCAACUGCAGAAAUGACCUUGAGCAAGGCAAUAAAAACCUAAUUUCUCCUAGUAGCAUGAUGCUUCUGACUGAGUUUAUGUGAUUCUUGUGAGUGGGAGAAGUCUUGCUUGGUGUUAAUGGCAGAAUAUGACUUCUCAAGACUGGAGAAAGCAGUUCAAGUAUGGUGUCGAUGCUGUUUACAUUACCGAGUGUGAGUUCUCAGUUGUGAGUCUUUGCAGCCUUCUUUUGUCAUGUGAGAUAGUAAAGUGUAAAUAUGCUUAGUGUUUAGUAGAUUAUCAAACUGCCUCAGCCAUUCUGUCUUUCUAUAAACCAGGACAUUAUCAUCAUUUGGUACAUUAUUUGAUUAACCCCCUCCCUGGCUGUAUUGUCAUUUUUUUGCCACAAGGGGGCAGACUAUCUUUGAUUUAUCAUAAAAGGUAACCCCCCCCCCCCCCACUUAUAAAUAUGAGGCUGUUUGAAACAAACAUCAGCAUACUUCCUUACUUGUACUUUUACUUGUAUUUUUGACAAAAUGACUAGUACAGGUUUAAGGAAAGCCUUGUUUUAGAUCUAUUUAAAUUGGUCUAAUUGUGUCUCCUAUUGAUGUUAUUUUCAGACUCUGGUUACCUGUUUAGUGGAAGCAGACCAACAUCUCAGUGCCAAGACUCCCCGCCUUCAGGUACAAAAAACAUGACAUGUUUUUAUACUAUUGAUGAUGCACACUGAAUACAGUCAUAUGUAUGGCUGGGAAUCACAGCAGGUUGCCUGAAUCCAAUUGGUUCUUAUACACACAGUCCCCAUUUGUAUCCAGAUUGAUGUUAAUAUUAAUUUGUUCAAGUAUAUUUCUUUCAGCUGCAAAUUGCAAUUUGUUUCAAAAUGAUAGAUAUUCUCCAUGAACCUGUGAUGUUAAUGCUCUGUAAGCAUGUGAAAACUUAUUUGAUGAGGCUGCUUUUCUAGCCUGCAUGUCUCCCCUAAAACAAACAAAACCAAAUACAGUGUGGGACCUUUGCAGUCCUAGCAUAUAAAAGUUGUGACAGCCCCCAUUUCUUUUGAGCAAGCAGGGAGCUGGAUGGUACCUUAAUGCUCAAUGCCUUCACCAGUGAGGUUUGCUUUAUAUUGUAUGUUUUUGUACAUCAUUUAUCUAGGAGUCCCCUAAAACAAAGAGAUUCAUGAUACUACCUAAAGGCAUUCAUUGUAGAGCUCUUGUUUGACGUUUUUCACUCCUUUCUCGGCACAGAUUAUUUUUCGCUGAAAUCAGGGAGUCGUCCAUCAUCACCAGGCCCGUCUCCGACUCCUUCUGUAGCUGGGUCAGUCACAUCAAGUUCAAGCUCUGCCCGACAAAGACGCCCCCUCAUCAGCCCUGCUCGCCUCAACAUCAGCGGCCGGAGUCUGCGCCUUUUCUCCAGAGAGCACGAACCGUCGCCAGUGUCACCCUCCCCAUUUUCACCCCCUGCUUCUCCACUCGUUUCAAGACCAAAUGGUAACAACAGCUGGGGCAAGCUUAUAAAAAUUGUAUUUAGGGUUAGGAGCAUGCCUUGCUACAGACUUCAUGUCAUUGUAGAUAUUACCACCAGAUGGCAAUCUAGAGCAUUCUUGAACCCUAAACACAAGAGAAAAGUUUCUUAUUCACUAAAAAGAGAAAUGUUUCUUAUUCAAUACAGACUUUUUUUGAUUUUUAUUUAUGGUUCUAUAGUUAAUCUAGUUCCCUUUUUUUGCAGAUAUGAAUUCAGUGUUUUGGGAUGGAAGUGUGAUGGAAGAGAGAGUGCAGCAUGACAGCUCCUCAGAGUCCUCUGUGUGUAAGGUCGGCACUACGACAGAGACCCCAGAGUGCAGUUCUACUUCCAAAGGUAGGAGGAUGUGUCUUCCAAAAUUUGUCGUAUCAGGCUUUAGUUUCUUGCCUGCUGUCUUACUGUGUAUUUGUCUGGGGUCCUAAAUAAAGCUUAAAUCACAGUGUAUUGUGACUAUCAAAACUAAAUUAGUUGCUGAGAGGAGAAUGCAGGGAUCUGUCUGAAGGUUUCUGAGAGUAGUCCAUGUCAGAUUCAUGAACAUUCCUUAAACUGCUGAAUUGCACCUGUGUGAUUCUUGAGUUAAACUUCUCUUUUACCAAACCAGAUGGGAUAGCAUGUUGCUGCAGAAUGCUGUGCUAGCUAUGCUUAAUAUUUGUUCCUUGAACUUUAAAUAAAUCCCCAACAGUGUCAUUAGCAAAGCACCUCCACUCCUCCACUUCUCCUAGCCUGGCUGGGCCAUCCUGUUGCGUGAAUCACUUGCCGUUCCUUCACACGAGGAGGUGUGAAGGAAUGGCAAGUGAUUCACGCAACAGGAUGGCCCAGCCAGGCUACACUUCUCCUCCCUUCCUUGUGAUAGGAAUAGCACUUGUAAACCUUUUCAGUGUCUCACAAAGGCAAGAGGAACCAAAAAUCUCUGAUUUGGACUCAUCAAAACAAAGUAUUUCUUGGGGUUUAAUGCCAAUUCCCCACUAGUCUUUCCUUAUCACUAGAGGCUUCUACGCAGCAAUCUGACCAUCAUGAAGUCUCCUGAACAGCUGAUGUUAACUCUGAAAUGUGGGGCUCUAAUUGUGCUGUUAAUUUGCUGUUUCAUGAAAGCCAUUUUUGUUAUAGCAUUUGAUGGUUUUUGCAUCUAUUGAUAGUUCUUGCUAUAUUAUAGAUGAGAACAGUAGUCUAAUAGUGCUAAUCACUGUAUAGGACUGUGUAAUAACCCUGCCUCUGGAAAAUACAAGCCUCACUUGUUAAUAAAAAAACAUUCCAGGCGAUGACCUCAUGAAGCUGGUUAAGAGAAUGCCAAUAGUGUGCUAAGCUGUGAUCAUAGAAAAAGGUGGCUACACAAGAUCCCAGGUAUUUGUAUCGUUUUCUGCCUGAAUUUAAAAAAGGAGGAGAGGACUGCAGAGGACUCGAAGAACUCUGUUUUGCCAUGAGGGAAGUUUAUAAAUUGCCUUUUACCUUUCAAUAAAGGAAUGUACUAACUACUAUCUCCAAGGUAAAAUAAAUCCUGUCUAUCCACAUCAGAUAUUUACAUCAUACCAAAUCAAACCAGAAAUUAGCUCAAAAUUAAAUAAUUAAUUAUUCACAAAUGAAGUGACUUAAUUGAAUAUUAAGGAAACCUAAGCACACACUAAAGAUAAGGUAAGAAGAACUUUAUUUAUCCCCAAGGGUAAAUUCAAUAAAGUCAGAAAUCAAACUUGUAGGUAGCACUGGAGUUCAGGCAGAGUGAACAUGGUAUUCUUUUUCAGCCAUUCCAGUAGAAAUGGCUCACACUUGGACCAGAAGUCAGGGGUUGGAGUAAAGAGUCUGGGCACCUCUGCCACUUAUGAUGAAUAUUUUGAUGAAAUCGUUUCCUCUCUCUGUUACAUCAUGUCCAGGUUUCAUGAAGCAGCUCCUCUGGCCAGGGCUUUUGAUUGUGAGUCUGACCUCCAACAUUUUCUGCAUCAGCUUCUACAUAUACCACAACUGGAGAUGA